AUGCGAAGUACCUAUAAACGACCCGGAUUUUCAAAUGUCGGUCAGUUGCGGUGAAAAUUUGGGACGAAAUGGGAUUACACGGCGUUCUGGGCUUUUUACUGAUAGUAGCCGCUGGCUCCGCUCAUGUUCUCUUAGUUUCAGAUGAUGACACAGCAAAAACAAUUACAUGGCCCACCGAAUACAGUUUUAGAGGCGAAACGAUUGAUGUGAUCUCUGGGGAGGUGGAAACCUACGAAGUAUGGUACAGCGCAGAGCACAACCGUUCCCGUAUCGAGUAUUACGGAGGUAUUACCAAGAAAUACUAUGUCGCGGAGACCGAUGAGGAUACGGGAUACGAAUAUGUCAUCUACACAGUCACUGAUAAGGACUUGGAUAACGUAAUACAGUGCGAGGAGAAGUCCCACCGGGGCGAACUGAAAGACUUCAUGCCGACGUUCGAUGAGUAUGAAUAUUCCGGCGAGACCAGUUACGAUGGUAAACAAGUGCAGGUAUGGAACAAAAAUACGGAGGAUGAGGGUAUGAAGAUCGAGGCAACAUUAUAUGUUUCCAAAACGGAUUAUAACUACGACAUUCCCAUAAGAAAAAGCUUGAAAGUCUACAAUUUAGCGAAAGGUGCUAUAGAAACUUACCGCAUCACCACGUACAACUCCUUCGGACACAUCAUCACCUUAGAUGACGUCAGCAUCAGUGAAGAAGAGGAAUGCAUUUUCAGAGGCGUUCUGGGGGAAAAUUUUAAGAGUGACCUGAGAUUCCUUCACCCCGAUGAACUCGAGGAUGUAGAUAAGGCCUUCCAUAGUUACAAGCGUCAUCACAACAAGAUUUACGAGAAGAGUGAACACGAAAUCAGGAAAGCCAUCUUCCACAAGAACUGGAGAUACGUUGAAUCCCACAACCGCAAAAACUUAGGAUACAAGUUGGAACUUAAUCAUUUCGCUGACUACACUGAUGAAGAGUUCAGUAUGUUAACCGGAACCAGACCUUCAGAUCCCAACGCUGUGGGCAGCAUACCGUUCCCUCAUUCCGAUGAGGAAUUGAAAGGCAUGGAAAACGAUUUGCCUGAGGAAUUCGAUAUGCGCUUAGGAGGAUACCUGAGACCGAUCAGGGAUCAAGGCAACUGCGGUUCUUGCUGGGCUUUCUCUACUACAGCCGCGGUGGAAGGCACUCUCUCCCGCGCAAACGGUGGCAGGAACCUAGACCUCAGCGAACAAUCACUCGUCGACUGCGCAUGGGGAUAUGAAAACUUCGGCUGUAGUGGCGGGCAGUUGGACAAAGCUUUCGAGUACGUCCUCCAAAAUCAAAUCCCAACUGAGAGGGAAUACGGAAAAUACUUGGAAUUGGAGGGCAUCUGCCACUUGGAGAACAUGACGGAGACGUUCCCAAUCCGCGGCUUCUCCAGGGUGGCAAUAGGGAACCCCGUGGCCAUGAAAGCGGCUCUCAACAAGUACGGACCAGUCACGGUGGCCAUAUACGCCGGCAGAAACCUCAAGCUGUACUCCAGCGGGGUGUUCUAUGACUACGAGUGUGACAGCGAAGAAGGCCCUAAUCACGGCGUAGUAGUCGUAGGAUACGGUGAAAGGGAAGGUACCCCAUACUGGAUAGUCCGCAACUCUUGGGGAGAGAGUUGGGGCGAAGAUGGUUACGUACUUAUGUCUGCCGUAAACAACAACUGCAUGGUCCUGGACAACGCUUUCUAUCCUGUCCCUUAAGGAACUAAUUAUUUAAAACACACAUUACACGAGUUACUGGUUGUAGAAAUAUUAUUUAAUGUGUGAGUACUGAAAACACAACUAGUCACUAAUCUUUGGGAUACAAUAUGAAUUUUAUUCAAUGUGUAAGUUCGUGCUGAAAUCGAAACUGAUUGGUCUUCAUCAAAAUACCCUUAGAACGAACCAAUAUCAAAUUUGUAACGUUGCGAGUCCGAAAUGUCAUUGUCAAAUGGUAACUGUACCCCUAGCACGAACCAAAAUCGAAUCCGUAACGUUUGCGAGUCCGAAAUGUCAU